AUGUUCCUGAUUCACAACCCACCUACUGCUGUUCCGUCCUCGCCACCUCAGCGUCAGGGUGGUAUGUCAUCUGAUUCAUACCGGACGGCCAGGGUUGCUCCACGAGAGACGUACACAUCAGACCGCCCACAUCCACUCGACUACGACGCCUUUGCUGAUCACUCGAGUUCGUCUUACACUAGCUCGGGCGCACCUGAAGGCGCUCGUCGCACCAAAACUGGCGAUGAGCGACAAAGGCAGUCCAAGUCGGGUCGGCAUCAAGAAGAGUCUGACCGACGGGUGGCUGAUGAGCGUGACAGAGAAGAUACUGCCAGACGCGUACAUUUCGAACCCGCCCGUGCAGACGGCCGCGCGAAUGAGAGGGCAGAAAAGCUCUUCGCUGAGAAGGAGAAAGAUCGAGCGUUGGCCAGGGAAGAACUUCGUCGUGUCAAGGAGGAAGAACGCCUCAGACAAGAGAGGAAGGACUCAGAAGCCAAGAAGGCCCAAGAUCGUAAGAAGGAGAAAUCAAGUCCUCCAACGAUCGACUAUACGAAGAAGCGGCCGAACGCAUCACGCAGACAAUCCUCCUCUAUGACGUCAGCUGAGCUAGCAGAUCAACGGCGCUUGAUCAAAGCCGAGGAACAACAGAUGCGGAGCGAAAGGCAGAUCGCAGAGGCCAGGGAGCGAGAGGAGGAGCUGGCAGCCCGCAAAAGCCAACAAGAGAAGCCGGCUGCAUACUGGGACCCGCGUGGCGGCGAUCGUUCCCUCUCCACACGCCGCGACUCGAUGGCUCGCCACGACAGUCUUACCUCUAACACGCGUCCCGCUGGAUUGACUCGCACUCCCAGCAAGCGCCGCCCAAGUGUCUCGCAGCCAAGCCCUCCAGUACUCGAUACUCAGGUGCCCACAGAGUCUUACAGGCCUUCCAGCUCGAGGAAACGCGCGCCUCCGCCGUUAUCUUUCCCGGCGAACUUCAACCAAGAUUACGCCCGGCCGCCAUCUGCUAGGCGUCCAUCCAUCAGUCAAGACAACCCGUUCGCAGCAGCCACAAUGAUGUCGCCGCAGUCAGCAUCGCAAGACCCAUGGGAUCUGCGCACCGUCGAGGGUUCACUUCCAUCUGCCCGACCUCUAGGCGAUGGUCGUCGUCCAUCCAUGCAAUCUCGCUAUGUCGAUGCCUUUGCAACAGACUCUGAAAGCCCGGAUGAUCACCCGCCUGUAUACGCAUCGCGCACCGGUUUGAGUCGUAAAGGAUCAAAGAGGAAGCACUGA